CCCUCCUGUAGGUUUUAACUCCAAUCCUGUUCCUGGAGAGAAACCCUCCUGGAGGUUCCUGUAGAACCCUGAAUAUUCUAUAUUUCCUGUCCUGUUGUUCUGGGUACUAAUGUAGGUUGAUGUAUUGUGGACCAAAGGGCCUUUGGAAAGCAUGAUGGAACCAUGGUAGGAAAUACAACACUCCUAUAUGCACACUGACAGGAUGAAUACACAGAUACAACACUCCUAUAUGCACCCUGACAGGAUGAAUACACAGAUACAACACUCCUAUAUGCACCCUGACAGGAUAAAUACACAGAUACAACACUCCUAUAUGCACCCUGACAGGAUGAAUACACAGAUACAACACUCCUAUAUGCACCCUGACAGGAUGAAUACACAGAUACAACACUCCUAUAUGCACCCUGACAGGAUGAAUACACAGAUACAACACUCCUAUAUGCACCCUGACAGGAUAAAUACACAGAUACAACACUCCUAUAUGCACCCUGACAGGAUGAAUACACAGAUACAACACUCCUAUAUGCACCCUGACAGGAUGAAUACACAGAUACAACACUCCUAUAUGCACCCUGACAGGAUGAAUACACAGAUACAACACUCCUAUAUGCACCCUGACAGGAUAAAUACACAGAUACAACACUCCUAUAUGCACCCUGACAGGAUGAAUACACAGAUACAACACUCCUAUAUGCACCCUGACAGGAUAAAUACACAGAUACAACACUCCUAUAUGCACCCUGACAGGAUAAAUACACAGAUACAACACUCCUAUAUGCACCCUGACAGGAUAAAUACACAGAUACAACACUCCUAUAUGCACCCUGACAGGAUAAAUACACAGAUACAACACUCCUAUAUGCACCCUGACAGGAUAAAUACACAGAUACAACACUCCUAUAUGCACCCUGACAGGAUAAAUACACAGAUACACCACUCCUAUAUGCACCCUGACAGGAUAAAUACACAGAUACAACACUCCUAUAUGCACCCUGACAGGAUAAAUACACAGAUACAACACUCCUAUAUGCACCCUGACAGGAUAAAUACACAGAUACACCACUCCUAUAUGCACCCUGACAGGAUAAAUACACAGAUACAACACUCCUAUAUGCACACUGACAGGAUAAAUACACAGAUACAACACUCCUAUAUGCACACUGACAGGAUAAAUACACAGAUACAACACUCCUAUAUGCACACUGACAGGAUAAAUACACAGAUACAACACUCCUAUAUGCACAGUGAGAGGAUAAAUACACAGAUACAACACUCCUAUAUGCACCCUGACAGGAUAAAUACACAGAUACAACACUCCUAUAUGCACAGUGAGAGGAUAAAUACACAGAUACAACACUCCUAUAUGCACAGUGAGAGGAUGAAUAGACUCAGACAACACAUCAAUAUUCACACUGACAGGUUAUAUAUAUUUCUUCCCCCCCCCCCCGUUCUCACGCAAGCAUACACACACACAUACAUACAUACACACAUACACACAUACACCAAUCAGCAUCCUCAUUCAUCCCUGUUACUGGAGAGAUCCCCACUUAUUAUCCUGACAUUGAGAGCUCUCAUGGGGUGGAUCUGUGCAACAGGUGCUCAGGACGUUUUUUGGGGGGUCGACACCACUUCCUCCCAUCCCAGCAAUGCACUCUGGGAUCUGUAGUAGCAUACAUAUACAUAUUAUGAAUGCAUUUAUUUUCCCUCCUUCCAAUGUUCAAAUGUAUUUUUGUAUAAUUUAUUAAGGGACAUUGUCCACCCUAACUGGUGAUUAAUAAAAGCCUUGUAGGCUGGGUGUUUGUAACAUAAUAUGUAGGCUCCUGCUGAGGGGGAUGUUGUUAUAUAGUAUUGCCAUCAUUGUGACUCAACAAUUAAAAUAUUCUUCCUA